UGGAAAGCCUGAGCAGCAGCAAGCCCAGGCUCUGUCCCCUGCUCCCGCCUCAGCUGAAGCCGUACAGCUGUUGCCCGAGCAGAGAAAGGGAUUGGAUUUCACAGGCUGUGUAAUCUGCGACAGUGCUCUCUGCCUUGGGGAUAGCAACGAGCCUCACCCAGGCUCAGCCAUCCCCUUUCUGCCCGUCAGGAACGCCCCGGUCGACAUAGAAGGAAAAUUGUUUGCUGAAUUUCUGCACAGCCCUCCUUCCAAUUGCUGGAGAGAGAGGGGGAGUGAGAAAGAGAGAGAGUUUAAGGCAGGCUCUGCACUGGUGUUCUGGGCUAUUUCAACUUCAGGGCAACUUUAGAGAACUUCAGUAAUUUUUGGUUCUGGACGACAGCUGAGACCGGCUGAGCCCCCGGGAGAUGCUGAUGCCGAUGCAGAUGCAGAGGAUGAAGAUUCUGUUAAUGAAGUGGCAGUAGAAGACAUUCGUCCAAGGCCACAGGGAUCCUCUCCAGUUUUUGAGUAUCCCAUAGAAGAGGACUAUUUAAAGCUUCAAGAAGAAAACAAAAAACAUUCUACAGACAAGUCAAAACAGAGUCAUCCACAGGAGACAAUGGAAGUGACCCUGAAAACAGAAGUGGAAGCUGGUGCUAGUGGUUUUAGUGUGAAAGGUGGAGGAAAUGAAGGAAUAUUUAUUAAAAAAGUACUUAAGGAAUCUCCUGCUUCAAAAAUAUUUAGUCUUAGAGAAGGUGAUCAGCUUCUAAGUGCCACAAUAUUUUUUGAUAAUAUCAAAUAUGAAGAUGCACUCAAGAUUCUCCAAUAUUCUGAGCCAUACAGAGUCCAAUUCAGCCUCAAAAGAAAAAUUGCUGUGCAAGAAGAUCUAGAACACUCUACAGCUCAGCACAAAAAGGAAAGGAUAGGCCAGGAAAAAGAACUCAGUGACAGCAUUCCUGAAGAAACACCGCAUGUUUCAGGAAAAGACAUUUCAGAAGAAGACAGGGAAACAUUAAUUGUAAGCCAAAGGCUGGGAAGAAGUAAGAGACCUAAAAAAGAUAGAUUAUCAUGGCCGAAAUUUCAAACAAUCAAAAAUAAAAAGAUAUUGAGGCACAGAAGAUCUCAUAGUACAUCAGAUGCAUAUGAGCCUGCUAUACAGGAUAUUUCCCCUACAAGCACAGACACAGAGUGUCAAUUUCCACAAGAAGUCCAUACCAAAGAGAAGAAAGGAAGCCAAAGGAAGCUGAAGUUCCCUAGCAUUGGAUUCAGAAUGCACAGAUCCAAACCAGAACCCCAAGAGAAGCAAAAAAAAGAAAUAAAAACUACACUGAUAUCUGAAAGAGAAAACAUACAUAAAGAUGAUAUAAGCCUGGAAAAUCCUGAAAUCUUAACUCUUGAAUACACCACAUCUUCUGCUUAUGAAAUGAAAACAGGGGAGAGAUAUGAAACUUUAACAAAAGACUUAAAAGAGAUGAAAAAUGGCAUUCCCUCUCAAGUAAAACAAUGCCCUGAGGUUGAAAUAAGCAUUAAAAAAGAAAAAGACAAGGAAGCAACAUCAAAAUUUAGUGUACCUGAAGUACCAGACAUAACAAUAGAGAUACCAAAGCCCAGCUUAGAAACACCUGAUCUGAAAGUAAGCCCAACUAAAAAGUCACCACAAGCCUCAUCAAAAUCCCGAAAAAAGAAACAGAAAGGAACAGCAGAUAAAAAAGACGAAGAAAGUGGAAUUAACACAGACUUGAAGGGUCACACAGCUAAAGGGUCUGUACAGGUAAAAGGCCUAGAAAUAGGUACUGCUAAAGCAGAAUUACAGACAUCUGACACACUGGAAAGAGGAGAAAAUCAAGCAGAAGAGGACAUACAGAUAGUAAAUAUUCAGAAAAAAAAUUAUGGAAUUUCAAUGCCCAAAAGAAAAGACACAGAGAUUGACGCCACCAAACAGGGAGGUGAUGAUCCACAAUCAUUACCAGACAAAACAGCUGAUACGACUUCAGAGGACAGCAAGAAUUUCAGUGUGAAAUCUCUUAUGCCAGAUGCAGAAUCAGAAGUGUCUACUUGGAAAAUACAAAUGCCAUCAUUCAAAGUGGCGAAAACACCAAAAGCUGAUAUGAAAAUAGUAAGAGAAGAAAGCAGAGAGGACAGAGAAGAUAGGGUAAAAAGGGAAGGAAUAGAGGAAGAUGGCAUGCCCACAAAUGAUAAAGCCUUAAAUGUAGAAAUUGGAAUGAAGACAGGAGAAAAAGAUACAGAGGGGAAAGAAAGCAAAUUCAGAUUGCCAAAAUUAAAAUUUCCUACCUUUACCUGGUCAACUACAAAGGAAGAAACAGCCCAAGCUGAAGCACAGAUAAGUGAAAGGGAAGUAAAAGUGAUAACCCUAGGAUAUGCAGAAGGGCUUCAGCUCAGUGGAACAACAGAAGAAAUAACAGUUCCAAAUGCUGAAAUACAAGAAGGCAUAUCCAAAGGACAACAAGAUCAGGAUGACAUAAACCAAAAGAAAAAAGGCAAAUUGACAAGUCCAAAAAAAACAACAUUGAAAUCUUCUACAAUAAAAAUUAACACCGAAGACACAAAGGGAAAAAUACCGAUUACGAAAAAUGAUACAGAAAUGCAGAACAGCGAAAUCAAUAAAAAAUCAAAAUAUGAAAUAUCAGAAGUUACAAAAUCAGACAUCCAACUUGGCAAGGUGGACAUCAGCCUGCCCUCUGCCGAUGUCACCCUUCCACAGGCCAGUGUUGACUUGCAGGCACCUGAGGCCACCCUUAGUGUGGAAGGAGAAGCCAAAGUCCCAGAGAAGGAGGCCACCAAGACCAAGGACGGCAAGUUCAAGAUGCCCAAGUUCGGCAUGCCUUCCUUUGGCUGGUCCAGCAGCAGAGAGGCCAAGGGCACUGUGGCCGCCGAGGUAGAUGUCGGUCUCAAGGAGCCUGAAGUGACGGUGCCCUCGGCAGCCGCCGAAGCGGACGUGACGCUGCCCUCAGCGGACAUCCAAGCGCCCGGCGUGGAGGCGACGGUCGAGACCGUGGCUGUAGCAGCAGAGGGCGAGAAAGGCCGAUUCAAGAUGCCCGACGUCAAGAUGCCCAGCGUCAAGCUGCCCAAAGUCAAAGGUCCCCAGGCGCAGAUCAGCCUGCCCAAGGCUGAGGUUUCCUUGCCCAAAAGCCAGGAGGGUGAAGUCACCCUUCAAGGCCCCGAGGCCGAAGCCAGCCUGGAGGUGGCUGCUGGCAAAGCUGAGGGAGGCGGCAUGAAAAUACACAUGCCCAAAGUCAAGGUGCCCAGCGUGGUCUUCUCCAAGCCCACUGUCAAAUCUCCCAAACUGGAUGCAGACGUUGGCCUCCCACAGGCAGAGCUCAAGGCCACCGAUGCUGACGUCAGCAUCGCGGCCCCCGACAUCAAGCUGCCCUCUGUCCAAGGCUCCCUUGAGCUCCAGGCGCCCGACGUAGACCUCAAAGCGCCCUGCGCCGAAGGCAAGCUCGAGCUGGAAGGUACCGGCUUGAAAGGCAAACUCAAGAUGCCCAAAUUUGACAAGCCCAAAUUCUCAGUCUCCUCCCCCAAGGCCGAGUUGCCCGCAGCCGAGAUCAGCGUGCCCAGCGCAGAGGUCGACCUCCCCUCUGCCAGCGUGACAGCCGCAGGAGAGGGCCCGGGGCUGGGUGUCAAAGCCGACGUCCCCGGUGCCAAGACGGAAGGCGCUGGCUGGAAGCUGGAGAAGCCCUCCCUCAAGAUGCCCAAAGCUGACAUCAAAGCUCCCAAGGUGGACGUCAGCCUGCCCUCCGUCGACGUCACCCUUCCACAGGCCAGCAUUGACCUGCAGGCGCCUGAGGCCACCCUUAGUGUGGAAGGAGAAGCCAAAGUCCCAGAGAAGGAGGCCACCAAGACCAAGGACGGCAAGUUCAAGAUGCCCAAGUUCGGCAUGCCUUCCUUUGGCUGGUCCAGCAGCAGAGAGGCCAAGGGCACUGUGGCCGCCGAGGUAGAUGUCGGUCUCAAGGAGCCUGAAGUGACGGUGCCCUCGGCAGCCGCCGAAGCGGACGUGACGCUGCCCUCAGCGGACAUCCAAGCGCCCGGCGUGGAGGCGACGGUCGAGACCGUGGCUGUAGCAGCAGAGGGCGAGAAAGGCCGAUUCAAGAUGCCCGACGUCAAGAUGCCCAGCGUCAAGCUGCCCAAAGUCAAAGGUCCCCAGGCGCAGAUCAGCCUGCCCAAGGCUGAGGUUUCCUUGCCCAAAAGCCAGGAGGGUGAAGUCACCCUUCAAGGCCCCGAGGCCGAAGCCAGCCUGGAGGUGGCUGCUGGCAAAGCUGAGGGAGGCGGCAUGAAAAUACACAUGCCCAAAGUCAAGGUGCCCAGCGUGGUCUUCUCCAAGCCCACUGUCAAAUCUCCCAAACUGGAUGCAGACGUUGGCCUCCCACAGGCAGAGCUCAAGGCCACCGAUGCUGACGUCAGCAUCGCGGCCCCCGACAUCAAGCUGCCCUCUGUCCAAGGCUCCCUUGAGCUCCAGGCGCCCGACGUAGACCUCAAAGCGCCCUGCGCCGAAGGCAAGCUCGAGCUGGAAGGUACCGGCUUGAAAGGCAAACUCAAGAUGCCCAAAUUUGACAAGCCCAAAUUCUCAGUCUCCUCCCCCAAGGCCGAGUUGCCCGCAGCCGAGAUCAGCGUGCCCAGCGCAGAGGUCGACCUCCCCUCUGCCAGCGUGACAGCCGCAGGAGAGGGCCCGGGGCUGGGUGUCAAAGCCGACGUCCCCGGUGCCAAGACGGAAGGCGCUGGCUGGAAGCUGGAGAAGCCCUCCCUCAAGAUGCCCAAAGCUGACAUCAAAGCUCCCAAGGUGGACGUCAGCCUGCCCUCCGUCGACGUCACCCUUCCACAGGCCAGCAUUGACCUGCAGGCGCCUGAGGCCACCCUUAGUGUGGAAGGAGAAGCCAAAGUCCCAGAGAAGGAGGCCACCAAGACCAAGGACGGCAAGUUCAAGAUGCCCAAGUUCGGCAUGCCUUCCUUUGGCUGGUCCAGCAGCAGAGAGGCCAAGGGCACUGUGGCCGCCGAGGUAGAUGUCGGUCUCAAGGAGCCUGAAGUGACGGUGCCCUCGGCAGCCGCCGAAGCGGACGUGACGCUGCCCUCAGCGGACAUCCAAGCGCCCGGCGUGGAGGCGACGGUCGAGACCGUGGCUGUAGCAGCAGAGGGCGAGAAAGGCCGAUUCAAGAUGCCCGACGUCAAGAUGCCCAGCGUCAAGCUGCCCAAAGUCAAAGGUCCCCAGGCGCAGAUCAGCCUGCCCAAGGCUGAGGUUUCCUUGCCCAAAAGCCAGGAGGGUGAAGUCACCCUUCAAGGCCCCGAGGCCGAAGCCAGCCUGGAGGUGGCUGCUGGCAAAGCUGAGGGAGGCGGCAUGAAAAUACACAUGCCCAAAGUCAAGGUGCCCAGCGUGGUCUUCUCCAAGCCCACUGUCAAAUCUCCCAAACUGGAUGCAGACGUUGGCCUCCCACAGGCAGAGCUCAAGGCCACCGAUGCUGACGUCAGCAUCGCGGCCCCCGACAUCAAGCUGCCCUCUGUCCAAGGCUCCCUUGAGCUCCAGGCGCCCGACGUAGACCUCAAAGCGCCCUGCGCCGAAGGCAAGCUCGAGCUGGAAGGUACCGGCUUGAAAGGCAAACUCAAGAUGCCCAAAUUUGACAAGCCCAAAUUCUCAGUCUCCUCCCCCAAGGCCGAGUUGCCCGCAGCCGAGAUCAGCGUGCCCAGCGCAGAGGUCGACCUCCCCUCUGCCAGCGUGACAGCCGCAGGAGAGGGCCCGGGGCUGGGUGUCAAAGCCGACGUCCCCGGUGCCAAGACGGAAGGCGCUGGCUGGAAGCUGGAGAAGCCCUCCCUCAAGAUGCCCAAAGCUGACAUCAAAGCUCCCAAGGUGGACGUCAGCCUGCCCUCCGUCGACGUCACCCUUCCACAGGCCAGCAUUGACCUGCAGGCGCCUGAGGCCACCCUUAGUGUGGAAGGAGAAGCCAAAGUCCCAGAGAAGGAGGCCACCAAGACCAAGGACGGCAAGUUCAAGAUGCCCAAGUUCGGCAUGCCUUCCUUUGGCUGGUCCAGCAGCAGAGAGGCCAAGGGCACUGUGGCCGCCGAGGUAGAUGUCGGUCUCAAGGAGCCUGAAGUGACGGUGCCCUCGGCAGCCGCCGAAGCGGACGUGACGCUGCCCUCAGCGGACAUCCAAGCGCCCGGCGUGGAGGCGACGGUCGAGACCGUGGCUGUAGCAGCAGAGGGCGAGAAAGGCCGAUUCAAGAUGCCCGACGUCAAGAUGCCCAGCGUCAAGCUGCCCAAAGUCAAAGGUCCCCAGGCGCAGAUCAGCCUGCCCAAGGCUGAGGUUUCCUUGCCCAAAAGCCAGGAGGGUGAAGUCACCCUUCAAGGCCCCGAGGCCGAAGCCAGCCUGGAGGUGGCUGCUGGCAAAGCUGAGGGAGGCGGCAUGAAAAUACACAUGCCCAAAGUCAAGGUGCCCAGCGUGGUCUUCUCCAAGCCCACUGUCAAAUCUCCCAAACUGGAUGCAGACGUUGGCCUCCCACAGGCAGAGCUCAAGGCCACCGAUGCUGACGUCAGCAUCGCGGCCCCCGACAUCAAGCUGCCCUCUGUCCAAGGCUCCCUUGAGCUCCAGGCGCCCGACGUAGACCUCAAAGCGCCCUGCGCCGAAGGCAAGCUCGAGCUGGAAGGUACCGGCUUGAAAGGCAAACUCAAGAUGCCCAAAUUUGACAAGCCCAAAUUCUCAGUCUCCUCCCCCAAGGCCGAGUUGCCCGCAGCCGAGAUCAGCGUGCCCAGCGCAGAGGUCGACCUCCCCUCUGCCAGCGUGACAGCCGCAGGAGAGGGCCCGGGGCUGGGUGUCAAAGCCGACGUCCCCGGUGCCAAGACGGAAGGCGCUGGCUGGAAGCUGGAGAAGCCCUCCCUCAAGAUGCCCAAAGCUGACAUCAAAGCUCCCAAGGUGGACGUCAGCCUGCCCUCCGUCGACGUCACCCUUCCACAGGCCAGCAUUGACCUGCAGGCGCCUGAGGCCACCCUUAGUGUGGAAGGAGAAGCCAAAGUCCCAGAGAAGGAGGCCACCAAGACCAAGGACGGCAAGUUCAAGAUGCCCAAGUUCGGCAUGCCUUCCUUUGGCUGGUCCAGCAGCAGAGAGGCCAAGGGCACUGUGGCCGCCGAGGUAGAUGUCGGUCUCAAGGAGCCUGAAGUGACGGUGCCCUCGGCAGCCGCCGAAGCGGACGUGACGCUGCCCUCAGCGGACAUCCAAGCGCCCGGCGUGGAGGCGACGGUCGAGACCGUGGCUGUAGCAGCAGAGGGCGAGAAAGGCCGAUUCAAGAUGCCCGACGUCAAGAUGCCCAGCGUCAAGCUGCCCAAAGUCAAAGGUCCCCAGGCGCAGAUCAGCCUGCCCAAGGCUGAGGUUUCCUUGCCCAAAAGCCAGGAGGGUGAAGUCACCCUUCAAGGCCCCGAGGCCGAAGCCAGCCUGGAGGUGGCUGCUGGCAAAGCUGAGGGAGGCGGCAUGAAAAUACACAUGCCCAAAGUCAAGGUGCCCAGCGUGGUCUUCUCCAAGCCCACUGUCAAAUCUCCCAAACUGGAUGCAGACGUUGGCCUCCCACAGGCAGAGCUCAAGGCCACCGAUGCUGACGUCAGCAUCGCGGCCCCCGACAUCAAGCUGCCCUCUGUCCAAGGCUCCCUUGAGCUCCAGGCGCCCGACGUAGACCUCAAAGCGCCCUGCGCCGAAGGCAAGCUCGAGCUGGAAGGUACCGGCUUGAAAGGCAAACUCAAGAUGCCCAAAUUUGACAAGCCCAAAUUCUCAGUCUCCUCCCCCAAGGCCGAGUUGCCCGCAGCCGAGAUCAGCGUGCCCAGCGCAGAGGUCGACCUCCCCUCUGCCAGCGUGACAGCCGCAGGAGAGGGCCCGGGGCUGGGUGUCAAAGCCGACGUCCCCGGUGCCAAGACGGAAGGCGCUGGCUGGAAGCUGGAGAAGCCCUCCCUCAAGAUGCCCAAAGCUGACAUCAAAGCUCCCAAGGUGGACGUCAGCCUGCCCUCCGUCGACGUCACCCUUCCACAGGCCAGCAUUGACCUGCAGGCGCCUGAGGCCACCCUUAGUGUGGAAGGAGAAGCCAAAGUCCCAGAGAAGGAGGCCACCAAGACCAAGGACGGCAAGUUCAAGAUGCCCAAGUUCGGCAUGCCUUCCUUUGGCUGGUCCAGCAGCAGAGAGGCCAAGGGCACUGUGGCCGCCGAGGUAGAUGUCGGUCUCAAGGAGCCUGAAGUGACGGUGCCCUCGGCAGCCGCCGAAGCGGACGUGACGCUGCCCUCAGCGGACAUCCAAGCGCCCGGCGUGGAGGCGACGGUCGAGACCGUGGCUGUAGCAGCAGAGGGCGAGAAAGGCCGAUUCAAGAUGCCCGACGUCAAGAUGCCCAGCGUCAAGCUGCCCAAAGUCAAAGGUCCCCAGGCGCAGAUCAGCCUGCCCAAGGCUGAGGUUUCCUUGCCCAAAAGCCAGGAGGGUGAAGUCACCCUUCAAGGCCCCGAGGCCGAAGCCAGCCUGGAGGUGGCUGCUGGCAAAGCUGAGGGAGGCGGCAUGAAAAUACACAUGCCCAAAGUCAAGGUGCCCAGCGUGGUCUUCUCCAAGCCCACUGUCAAAUCUCCCAAACUGGAUGCAGACGUUGGCCUCCCACAGGCAGAGCUCAAGGCCACCGAUGCUGACGUCAGCAUCGCGGCCCCCGACAUCAAGCUGCCCUCUGUCCAAGGCUCCCUUGAGCUCCAGGCGCCCGACGUAGACCUCAAAGCGCCCUGCGCCGAAGGCAAGCUCGAGCUGGAAGGUACCGGCUUGAAAGGCAAACUCAAGAUGCCCAAAUUUGACAAGCCCAAAUUCUCAGUCUCCUCCCCCAAGGCCGAGUUGCCCGCAGCCGAGAUCAGCGUGCCCAGCGCAGAGGUCGACCUCCCCUCUGCCAGCGUGACAGCCGCAGGAGAGGGCCCGGGGCUGGGUGUCAAAGCCGACGUCCCCGGUGCCAAGACGGAAGGCGCUGGCUGGAAGCUGGAGAAGCCCUCCCUCAAGAUGCCCAAAGCUGACAUCAAAGCUCCCAAGGUGGACGUCAGCCUGCCCUCCGUCGACGUCACCCUUCCACAGGCCAGCAUUGACCUGCAGGCGCCUGAGGCCACCCUUAGUGUGGAAGGAGAAGCCAAAGUCCCAGAGAAGGAGGCCACCAAGACCAAGGACGGCAAGUUCAAGAUGCCCAAGUUCGGCAUGCCUUCCUUUGGCUGGUCCAGCAGCAGAGAGGCCAAGGGCACUGUGGCCGCCGAGGUAGAUGUCAGUCUCAAGGAGCCUGAAGUGACGGUGCCCUCGGUAGUCCCGGUAUUGGAUAUAUCGUUGCCUGACUCUGAUGUCCAGUCUCCCAUUUCUGGUGUUUCGCUGCAGUCUUCUGCUUGUAAAGAGGAGGAAUUUGGUAAAUCUCAAUCUCCUGUAUUUCGAAUCCCUAAAAUUUCCCUUUCUAAAAGUUUCAAACCUCCUGGACAAAAGCUAUCUGGGCUUGAUGUUUCUGUUUCCAAAACUCAUUCUUUAACAGAGGAAGCUUUUUCUGUUUCUUCUGAGAAUGAUGGAUAUAAAUGUUUGCCUGACAUUAAGGGAGAGGGUGUAUCUAAAAGUACCAAAUUCAAAGUACAUGGCAUUGGUUUCUCUAAAGCUGAAGUGACUUCAUCAAAAACUGAUCUGGAGUCCUCAUUAGAAAAGGGGGAUGAUAUUACUCUUACUAAAUAUCAAAGUAAUCUUACAGAAUCUCACUCAAAAGUAGCAUCUCAUGCUGAUGAAAAUCUUUCAGAUUUUGAAAUUUUAAGUGACGAUGGUUUUGAGGAGCAAGGUGGUUUAAAGCUAGAGGGGAAAACAACAUCUGCUGCAACAUCUCUGGUUGACACAGAGGUCACAGUUAAAAUCCAUAAAUUCCGAAGACCAAAAUUCAGAAUUCGAUCUAAGGGAAAAGCAUCUGAAAGUGACAUGGCUUCUAGUGUGGAAUCUGAAAUUAGCAAGGGAAGGAUAACAUCUGAUAUGACUGAUCCUGAUACUGAAAACCCAGCUCAAAUCUCUGAUGCCCAGCUUGGUGUAAAGUUGCAUAAGCCUUCACUUGAAGUUGUUCUGGAUACACCAACAAUGGAUCCAAAUCCCUUACCCAUGGAGGUUACCUUGCCAAAAUUAGAAGCAGAAAUCCAUUGCCCAGAUUUAAAGUGCAAGGCAGAACAGGAAGUAAUUACAGAAGAGAGGGGUACUGAGGAGAAAGAAAACAAAUUUAAAUCAUCAAAAUUCAAACUACCUUCAUUUAGGUGGUCACCAAAGAAAGAAGCUGUUGCUUCUUCUCAUGUUGAGGAGCAUCUAGAAGGACCCACUUUGUAUACUUUAUCUGGAGACAUGGAAUCUGAAUUAACUUUUCCUGCUCCUGAGAAUCAAUACAUCCAUGAAGAAUUUGAUACAACAGAAAAAGAUGGUGAAAAGUUCAAAACCAAGAAGUCCCAAUUUGCCAUGCCAAAGAUCUCAUUCCCUAAAAUGAAGGGUCAGAAAGUACAGGUCUCUCUGCCUGUACUGGAAACUGAUGUUUCUGGAUCCAAACAAGAAAAAGAAGGUGUUUCUGUUCAGAAGUCUGAGAAAGGGAGUAGUGGAGAAGGGGCAGGACUGGGCAUAAAAGUGCCAAAAGUUACAGCCCCAACUUUGGAAUUUUCUAAACCAGAAGCCAAAGCUCCCAAAAUGGAGAUGGAUAUUAGCAUGCCUACAGGUGAGGUCACAGCUCCUGCCUGUGAAGAAGAUGAGCUGAGAAGACUGAAAUCAGUUGCUGCUAGUGCCAGCCUCUCCACCUCAGAUAUUAAGAUGAUACCUGAAGGUUCGCUUGAGGUGAAGAGUCCUGACAUAAGCGUUGAAAGAACAUCAAGUGAAAUUGCUGUGGGUGAUGUAGAGAUAAAAGCUGAAGGUUCUGAAGGGAAAACAAAAAUGUCUAAAUUCCAAAUGCCAAAAGUAGGAAUUAAACUUUCUAAAGGGAAAGGAUCACAAAAGGAUGUUGGCCAAUCGAAAUCAGAAGUCAAGGUUCCCCAGCUAAAAGCAAUGGUAGAAAUAUCUGACAUUGCUGUUGAAGCACCAGACUUGGAGGUGGAAUGUGGCACAGAAACAGAGACUUACAGCCCUGAAGCCAAAAUUACUAAACCUGACAAUAAGGCAUCAGAGGCUGAUUUUCACCUCCCAUCAGCUGACAUUUCUAUUCCAAAAACAGACAGUGAUAUUCAGGAUUCAGAUGCAGCAGUAAAGAUCAAGAAGGAAAUAAAGCAAGAUGGAGAUGAAGAAGAGAAAGAAGGACAUUUCAAAAUGCCCAAAUUCAAACUUCCAUCCUUCAGUUGGUCACCAAAGAAGGAAGCAAGUGUUAAAUCAGAUCCUGGAGCAAAUUUGGAAGAUCAAAAGCUCACUGUCAUGUCAAGCAGAAUAGACACAGAAGUAAAAGGAACUGCAACUGAUGAUCAAGGUAGUGGGCCAGACCUUGAUCUGGAAAUAUCUGCAGGAAAAGUUGAACAAAAAAGUCCAGUUAAAAAGCCACAGUUUGUCAUGCCUAAAAUUUCACUCUCCAAGAUCAAGGUUCCAAAAUCUCAGUCUCAUUCACCAAAAGUUGAAGCUGAUGCUACUCUUCCUAAAACAGAAAUAGAAGGUGAUGAUUCAAUUAAGAUACCUGAUAUAGAAAAAAGUCAUCCUGAAGGGACUGAAGAAGAGGCACAAAUAAGCAUAAAACUGUCUGACACUAUGGUCCACACUCUGGAGUUUUCCAGAGUAGAAACUGAAGCCUCCAAAACUGAAAUAACAGUCAGCUCAGCAAAGAUUGAUGAUUCUUUGACUCUCUCAGAGGGGAGUUUUCAACAGGUUAACUUAAUUUCAAGUUCCACCAAUGAAUGUAACAUUCAAAAAACAGGUAUUAAGCUCCCCAAAGGAGAAGCUUCAGUUGAUUUGAAGAGCCCUGAUAUAUUAACAGAAAGCUCAUCAGUUGUGGAUGGAAGAAAAGUGAAAUUGGAAGGUCCUGAAGGGAAGAUUAAAAUGCCCAAAUUCCAGAAGACAAAGUUUGGAAUCUCCCUAACAAAAGGGAAAGUCCCCGACACAGAGAUCAGCUCCCCAAAAAUAGAAACUGAGCUACCCCAGCUAAGAACAACAAACAAAAUUGCUGACAUUGCUGUGGGAGUUCCAGCAUCAGAACUUACAUCUGAUAUGUCAGAUCCUGGAGUAGUUGAUGGUAAGAUAAAAACACCUCAAGCUCUGAUGGGUGGCAUUGAAGAUGCAAAGGUAGACAUAAGCAUCCAGUCAGUGUCUAAACCAAAACCAGAGGGAGUUAUUGAGAGUCUUGAGGAGAAGGAAAUCAAAUUGAAAGAAAAUGAAAUAAAAGCUGAAGAAGUUCAGACUGAAGAAUAUCAGGGAUGGUUUAAAAUGCCAAAAUUCAGAAUACCUGCAUUUGGGAGGUCAUCCUUAAAAGAAAAAAAAAGUAAUGUUGAUAUUGAAAGAAGUAUGGAAAAAGUUCAGGCAGCUAUUCCUUCUGCUAAAGUACAAACUGAAACAAGUAUUCCUGAAAAUACCUUCUCAUUACCGCAUGCAGUUGCUGAAAUUACUAUUGGAAAAGAAGGGAUUCAAAAAUUAGGAGAUUCUGUGAAAUGUUCUGAUGCUUGUUUGCCAAAGAUGGAAGGAGAUAUUUCAUUAUCCACAGAAAGAACAGACAGUAGAGUGAAUAUUCCAAAAACUGAAACUUAUGCAGAUGUAGUUAAGCGCAGUGCUGAAGGACAUACUUCAGAAAUCACUGUGUCUGCAGAAGAAUUGCCUAAAUCAUACCCAAGUGCUUCAGAAACUGACAAAGAAAAGAGUUCAAUAAAUAGGUUUCCUACACGUACUCUGACGUUUCCAGAGCAUAAAGGCAAAUCAUGGGAUAUAGAAGUCGCAAAGGUAGAAAGUUCCAUGAAGUUAGAGACAUCAGGGGUAGGAUGCAAACCAUCAUCAGCUGAAAUUACCCUGGAUGUAACACAGAAGGAAAUAGAUGUUAGUCUUCCAAAGGAAGAGCUAGAUAUUCAAAAUAAAGAGAUGACAAUUAAAAAAGGAAAGAUAAAGGACGAGGUGAAAAUCAUAGGAAAAGACAGUGAAGAAAGUAAAUUAAAAAGGACUAUAUGUGAAUGGUCUACAACAAAAGGAUCAGAAGAUGGUACUUACGUUACUGCUAAGCUGGAAGACCUAAAGGUAGAAGUUCCAACAGUGAAGACAGAUGUUAAAAUUACUAGAGUAGAUCCUGAAAUGAAAUUUCAAGUGAAAAGUGUUGAAAAGGAUGUGUCUGCAGGAGUGGAAGUGCAAGUAGAAGACAGAACAGAAACAAGUAAAAUUAAAGCAUACAAGUUUAAGAUUCCAAAGUUUGGAAUAUUGCAUUCAGAAAUCAAGGGGUUUGAAGAUGAUAUCAGUUUGCCAAAGUCAGAAGCUGAUUCAGCACCUAGAAGUGAAAGAGGCACAGCAGAAAUGCAGUUAAAAAAACCGGAAGGAUCAACUGGCCUGAAAAGUCCAGCUCUAGAUGAUAUAGAAGCAGCCACCAGAGUAACAGGGGAAACAGUAGACCAAACACAAGGUGUCCCAGAAGUAAGUGUAAGAAUUCCCAAACUAAGAAUACCAAGAUUCACUUUCAGAACUCUUCCAAUUGAAGCUGAUGUUUUACUGUCAAAAGUAGCAACAGAUCCAAAGGGAUCUAGUACUGACACUGAAAUAGUGCAACUGCAAGCAAGCUCUGCUAUCCCUGAAGAAACACCAGGAACUCCAGAGGGAGGUAUUCAAAAAGCAAAAAGCAAAAUUUUAAUGCUGACUGAACCUGACAUUAAAACAGCACAAAUGACAGCUACCAUAGAGUCCUCCCUUUCAAAUGCAGGGCAAGACAUUCAUUGGUCUUAUAUAGAGGGCCAAGAAGUAAGUGAGAAAGUAGAACCUGAACAUGUUGCUAUUGAGCGGUGUGAGAUUUACACUACUGAAAUACUGAAAGAAUCAGAGGUUCUGUCAUCAGAAGUCAAAACUGCUGCUUUGGGAUUCUCAUUGCUUAAGGCAAAGUUGCCUGAAUCACACAGCGAUUUAGACGUGGUGGUCCAGCAGCCAUCUCCAACAGGAGGUGAAUCAGUGAGAAAACCUACAGGUGCUGGUGAAAGCUUUGGAGUAGCAGCCAAGAGAACUGGCAGUGCUGAGCUUAAACUAUCUGACAAACCACACUGUGAGUCUGAAGAAUCUAGAGGAAAAGUAAGUUUGACAAAGUUGAAAACAUCUGCUGCUGAAGUAAAGUGUUCCAGUAAACUGGAAGAGAGUUUUCCUGAUACACCCCCUCAGGAAAUAACUGCAGCUCCCCUCUCUGAAGAUGAAGAUGUAGUUGAAGCAGUGGAAGGUGAAGAAAAAGACAUAACGAAUGAGAAAGAAAAGACUGAUAGUAAAAGAUCUCCUGGAAGAUUCAAAUUUUGGCUUCCAAGUAUUGGCUUUUCUUCUUCUGGGGAUGAAACAAGCACAGAUGCAAAACCAGAAAUAAAAAAAUCAGUUCCAGAAGAUGUGAAACCUGCUGACACAUCGGAUGAUUCUGCUAAGCAGGCUGAAAAAACUGGAUGGUUUAGAUUUCCCAAGCUUGGUUUCACAUCUCCUUCUAAAAAGGCUAAGUUUGUUGACAAAGAAGAGGUGGGUCAUAAAGAGGGGAGACUCUCAGAUGAAGAUAGCCCAACAGAUAAACCAGAUGUGUUUUUUGAUGCACAAGAAAGCUUAUCACCUAAAGAGAUAGGAGAAGGUGAAAAAGCUGAAAUUGAUGGGGCCUCGUCUAUUGUGACAUCUUCAGCAAGAACUGAACUAAUCUUGUUGGAGGAAGAAAAAGAUAGUAAAUCUAAUAUUGCUGGAGAUACAACCAAAUGAAGGUUGCAUUUUCUCAAUCCUCAGUGAAAACAAAAUCAUCUGUAUAUACAGAAGAGAAUGUUUUCCUGAUUUUCUAGUAACUGAAAAUUUAAACCCAAGGCUGGUAUUCAUGAAAACACUUGAACAGAAUUUACCACAUUCAGAUUUUCAAGUAUAUGUAUGUACUAGAUUGUACACUAAUAAAAAUAGUGAUUUCUUCAUAUCUACCCCAAGGGCAAAAGUUAUGACAGGUGCUGUUAUGACAGAGCCCAUAGUUUGAGUAAAGUCUGAGCAGAUACCAGAACCAUGAAAGUAAAUCAUUGAAAGGCUCAAUGAUAGCAAAAGACUUGUUAAAGAGGCUUCUCAAAACACAUCAGUUAUAUUUAGAUUGCAGAUUAUUUCCAGAAUGGAUUCUAAACUUGUACUAUGAGAACUAUACUUACCUGUUUAGAUUUUGGAACUUUCUAAUCUAUUUUUGCUUUGUUAUUAAAAUGUUUUUCUUUAUUUCAGCUAAGGUAGUAUGUAUAUUCCACAAACACUUUAAAAUACAAGAUAAAAAUUAAAUACUAGUGUAGAGAGACUAAUGCUUUGCCUCUUCCUCUCUUCUCAUUUUUUUAUUAUUGUGGUGGGUCCUAUUUAGCCAUAUGAUAAUUUGAAAAAACCAAAAAAACAGCAAAAACCAACAGAAUUAUUUUAAGACCAUAAAACAUGGAACUAAUUCUUGUUUGUAAGAUACCAGAAUAAAACAUGCUUCCAAAGAAUAUUACUCAAAUGUGGAUAAAGAAAUUUUAAUGUAUAUACUUAUGGGAUAGUUAAAUGCUUAGAAUGAUCUGUCACACUGGUGGAAUUGCUUCAGAGAUUUUCUGGGAAAGGAGGUGUAUAUAAUUAUUUGCUCCUUUGUUUAUAUUAAUGCUUCUCUCAAGUGCACAAUGAAAACCAAAGUGCAUAUGUGACAGCCUUCACAUGUACCAUUAAAACACUGCCUGUAUUCUUAAUUCACAAU